AUGUGGACCUUGGUGAGCUGGGUGGCCUUAGUGACAGGGCUGGUGGCUGGAACGCAGUGCCCAGACGGUCAGCUCUGCCCUGUGGCCUGCUGCCUGGACUCUAAUGGAGCCACCUACAGCUGCUGCAAUCCUGUUCCGGACCAGCAGCCGUCCGUGCUGAGCCAGCAUCUGGGCCGACCCUGCCAGGCCAACGGCCACUGUGCUCCUGGCUACUCCUGCAUCCUCACUGUCUCGGGGACCUCCAGCUGCUGCCCGUUCCCAGAGGCUGUGUCAUGCGGGGAUGGCCGCCACUGUUGCCCCCGGGGCUUCCACUGCAGCGCUGAUGGGCAGUCCUGCUUCCAAAGAUCAGAUACCAAGCCCCUGGAUGCCGUCCAGUGCCCCGACAAACAGUUCCAGUGCCCCAACUCCUCCACAUGCUGCACCAUGCCUGAUGGCUCCUGGGGAUGUUGCCCCAUGCCCCAGGCUUCUUGCUGUGAAGACAAGAUACACUGCUGCCCCCAUGGCACGUCCUGUGACCUGGCUCAUGGCCGCUGUCUCUCAGCCACAGGCACCCACCCCCUGGCUAAGAAGAUGCCUGCACACAAGACUAAAAGUUCAGUGAUCUUAUGCCCAGAUGGACGGUCCCAGUGCCCCGAUGGUUCUACCUGCUGUCAGCUGCCCACUGGAAAGUAUGGCUGCUGCCCGAUGCCCAAUGCCAUCUGCUGCUCCGACCACCUGCACUGCUGCCCGCAGAACACUGUGUGUGACCUGACCCACAGUAAGUGCCUCUCCAAGGAGAAUGCUACGGACCUCCUCACCAAGCUGCCCGCACACACAGUGCAGGAUGUCAAGUGCGACAUGGAGGUGAGCUGUCCAGACGACUACACCUGCUGCCGCCUACAGUCCGGGGCCUGGGGCUGCUGCCCUUUUGUGCAGGCUGUGUGCUGUGAGGACCACGUGCACUGCUGCCCGUCCGGGUUUCGGUGUGACACAGAGAAGGGUGUGUGUGAAGAGGGGACCCGCCGGGUGCUGUGGAUGGAGAAAGUCCCAGCCCACCUCAGCCUGCCGGACCACGGAGCUGUGGAGAGUGAUGUCCCCUGUGAUAACGUCAACAGCUGUCCUUCCUCCACCACCUGCUGUCGACUCACGUCUGGGGAGUGGGGCUGCUGUCCUGCCCCAGAGGCUGUCUGCUGCUCGGACCACCAGCAUUGCUGCCCCAAGGGCUACACGUGUGUGGCCGGAGGGCACUGUAAGAGGGGGAACCAGGUGCUGACCGGACUGGACAAGGUGCCUGCCCGCCGGGCUUCCCCGCCCCACCCCGGAGACACGGGCUGUGACCAGCACACCAGCUGCCCCGUAGGGCAGACCUGCUGCCCGAGCCUGAGGGGGGCCUGGGCCUGUUGCCAGCUGCCGCAUGCCGUGUGCUGUGAGGACCGCCAGCACUGCUGCCCCGCUGGCUACACCUGCAACGUGAAGGCCCGAUCCUGUGAGAAGGAGGUGGACUCUGCGCACCCUGCCCUCCGCCUGGCCGGCGGCCCUCUUGUGGGCGUGGGGAACGUGGAGUGUGGGGCGGGGCACUUCUGCCGCGAUAACCAGACCUGCUGCGCAGACAGCCGAGGGGGCUGGGCCUGCUGCCCCUACCGACAGGGCACCUGUUGUGCGGACAGGCGUCACUGCUGCCCCCGUGGCUUCCGCUGCGGAGCCAGGGGGACCAAGUGUUUACGUCAGGAGGCCCUGCGCUGGGACGCUCCUUGGAGGGACCCGAGGCCGAGACAGCUGCUGUGA